AUGCUAUUUAAUUAUACAAAAAUAUGUGUACAUAUUUAUAUAAGUUAUCAAAUAUUUCCAUACUUUUAGGCUAAUAAAAUAUUAAUAAUUAGUUUGACCAAUUAUUUUAAUGAAAAUAAUAGUAAUUGCAAAAAGAAGAAGCAUUUCAAAAAUAGCUUAAAUAAACACUUCCAACUAUAAUUAAUAGAGUGACUAAAGAUAUAGGAUAAAUACUUUAGUUUGAGAAAUUAUUUAAAGAUGCAAAACCAAAUUCAGUUUAAGAAUUAUCUUUUUAAAGUCAUCUUAGAUUAGAUCCCCCUAUAGCAAGAUAAUAACCAUAAUUAGAUGAGCCAAUAUAAAAUAUUAACGAAUUAAUACGUCAAUAUUUUUAAUAGGAAAAAGAGAAAUUAUAAGAAUUGGCUUUAUUAGAAAUAGAAGAGAAUUGGAAGAAUUAUAAGUAAGUUAAGAGAGUAUAUAAAUAUAAAAAGGAUCGAUAGAAUUAGAAUAAUAAAAAAGUAUGGAAAUAGAGAAAUAGAAUGUGGAAGAAGAAUGUAAUGCAAUAAAAAAGAAAUAUUAGAGAUAAAUUUAAACACCAAAUUGUGAUUAAUGUUUUUGUGGAAAUUAAUUACAUUAUAAAUAAAUAGUAAAAUGUAUUUUAUGUGAAAAACAUUAUCAUGUAAAUUGUUUAGAUAAAAGUUAUGAUGAAAGAUAUGUUAAAAAUUUUACAUGUCCAAGAUGUACUUUAUAUAAUAUGGAUUAAUAUUGUGAAGUCCUUUCAGUUAUUAUAAAACCAUUUUCAUUUAAAAAAAAAACAGGUUUAACAAGUACAAAAACAAUUAAUUUUAAAUCAGAAUCCAAUAAAAUUGAUAUAAGAUGUAUUAGAAUGGAUUGUCCUUUAUCAGCAGAAGAAAUUACAUAGCCAGAAUAUAGGUGAAUUACAUAUUAAUAAUAAUAAAAAAGUUGCUGAAUUUAUACCAUUAGCAUAAUAAAGUUAUUAACAUAAAUGUAAAGAUGAAAAAUUAAUAUUUACAAUUCCAUAAAAUGAAGAAUGUACUUUAAUGAUAAAAGAGAUUAUUUCUGGUAUGGAAUAAAAAAAAAAUAUAGAAUUUAAGGUGAAUAAUUACAUUAUAUUGCUGUAUAUAAAAUUAAAUAGUAUACUGCAAAAUAACUUAUAGAAAAGAUUAUUUAAUCUGAUAAAAAUUGUAUUAGUGUAGAAUAAGCUUUAGAUUUUAUUAUACUUCAAAUAAAUUAUAUAUCAUCUACUGAUAUUAAAUAAAUUAAGUAAACUAUUUCUUUAUUGUGUUGUUUAAGUUCUACUUUAAUUAUUACUCCUGCAAGUGGAAUCUAUUGUAAUCAUAUAUAAUGUUUCUCACUUGAAAAUUAUUUAAUGA